GCAGUGCCCUCUGUACAGUCCUUAGCCGCCACUGCCCGCACCCAACCCUCAUGUUUCUUCGGUUCUCUCGCCCACGUCUGUAAGGAAGUCAAGACUCAACCCUAAGCAAUCUCAUCGAUCAUGGCGCACGCGUUAGCAGUUCAGGUUUCUCUUUUCGUACAGUCUGAAGCUGAUGGAUCGCUGAGGAGGUCGAGAUUGAAGUCCAUGAAUAAAAUAGGUUACCAUGAUAAGUCCUGGAUUUCAUGUACACCCUUGGACUUGAAAAGCAGGAUCACCUAUUCAAAAUGCCAAUGCAAGAUUGUGUGCAUGUCCGUGCAACAAGCCAACAGAAGGAAAGUUGCAGUUAACCCACCAGAGCUAGAGGAUGCUAAGGAGCCACCUCUCCACCUGUACAAGCCCAAGGAGCCUUAUACUGCAACCAUUCGUUCGGUUGAGAGGAUUGUUGGACCCGGAGCUCCUGGCGAGACAUGCCAUAUUGUAAUUAAUCAUGGAGGUAAUGUCCCAUACUGGGAAGGACAAAGCUAUGGUGUAAUACCUCCUGGUGAGAACCCAAAAAAGCCAGGAUCUCCCCACAAUGUCCGACUGUACUCAAUUGCAUCCACCAGGUAUGGAGACUCAUUUGAUGGCAAGACGGCCAGUUUAUGUGUCCGCCGUGCUGUGUACUAUGAUCCCGAGACCGGAAAGGAGGACCCUUCAAAGAAAGGUGUCUGCAGUAAUUUUCUUUGUGACGCAAAACCAGGAGAUAAGGUUCAGCUCACAGGUCCCUCUGGCAAAGUGAUGUUGUUACCUGAAGAUGACCCAACUGCCACUCACAUCAUGAUUGCUACUGGAACUGGAGUUGCCCCUUACCGGGGCUAUCUCCGGCGAAUGUUCAUGGAAUCAGUGACCACCUUCCAAUUUCGCGGCCUCUCUUGGCUCUUCCUUGGUGUAGCAAACACCGACAGCCUUCUCUAUGAUCAGGAGUUCAGCAACUACCUUCAGGAUUACCCCAACAAUUUCAGGUAUGUUACAGCUCUCAGCAGGGAGCAGAAGAACAGGAAUGGAGGAAAGAUGUAUGUGCAGGAUAGAAUUGAGGAGUACAGUGAUGAAAUCUUCAAGCUUUUAGAUGGAGGUGCUCACAUAUACUUUUGUGGUUUGAAGGGGAUGAUGCCUGGUAUACAGGAGACAUUGAAAAGAGUUGCAGAGCAAAGAGGGGAGAAGUGGGAUGAAAAGCUUGCUCAGCUUAAGAAGAAGAAGCAAUGGCAUGUUGAGGUUUAUUAAGAUAAUAUGAUUUGUUGAAACAGCUUAUGCUGAUAUUCUUAUUUCUAUCAUGAAUGGGGGUCUCUGUUGCUGCUCAUGUGAGUAGAAUGUAAUGGCUGAUCCAAUUAUUGAUCAAAAUAAUUGAAGCAAAGAUUUCUGAACUUUUUGGUUGUUUUUAUUGGAACUUGUGGUUCAAGAUUGGAUUGUAUUAAACAAAUCAUGUAUUAGCAUUGAAUUGUCAUUUCAAGUUGUACCCUAAACCCUAAAUCAAACAAUUUGGGUUAACUUGGAUUGAA